GUUUGUGAAACUUGUCGAAAAAACCUUUACCAUACCUUUUGCUCUGCAAUUAUUGAUACUUGUCACAUCGUUAAGCUGCACCUUGUUACAAAUUACACAGCAAGAAGCCGGUGGUUUGGAAACUUCCAGGUACAUAUUCUACGUGAUGGGUCAGCUAUUCCAUUUAUUUUGUCUUAGUUUUGAGGGACAAAAGCUGAUAAACCACAGUCUCGAGAUGUGCGACAAGAUAUACGAUAGUUCUUGGUACGAAGCAUCCAUUAAAUCACAGAAGCUGCUUAUUCUGACGAUGUUACGGAGUUUUCGACCGACUUUUUUGAGCGCCGGCGAAAUUUACGUUUUUUCGUUGGAGAGCUUCACUACG